AUGGAGAGUUUGGGAGUUAGAAAGGGAAAAUGGACUCGGGAAGAAGAUAUUCUUUUAAGAAAAUGUGUUGAGAAAUAUGGAGAAGAAAAGUGGCAUCUGGUUCCACUCCGAGCAGGUUUGAGUAGAUGCCGCAAAAGCUGUAGAUUGAGAUGGUUCAACUAUUUAAAGCCAAAUAUUAAGAGAGGAAAAUUUGCAUCAGAUGAAGUCGAUCUCAUGAUUAGACUUCAUAAGCUGUUGGGAAACAGAUGGUCCUUGAUUGCCGGCAGACUUCCAGGGAGGACUGCGAAUGAUGUCAAGAAUUACUGGCACCAUCAUCACUUCAAGAAGAUGGUUCCCAUCCAGGAAAAAGGGAAAGAUAAAGCCCAAGCCAAUUCUGAAAACACUCUGAUAAAGCCUAAGCCUUGCAAACUCUUUCUAGGGUUCACAUUCAAAACUACAGCUGUGGAUGCUUAUGAGACACAAGGCAGUACUUCUAGUGAGCUGCAACCCACAUUGGUCCAACCAAACCAGGAUAUUUUAUGGUGGGAAAGCCUAUUCGCUGACCAUACCAUUGAAGAUCAGGAGUUUAUUGCCAGCCUCUUGGCUGACGAAACUGCAUCAGCUGAAGAAGGGAGAGAUAAACCCCAAACACAUUCUAAAACCAAAGCUAUAAAGCCUCACCCUCACAAGUUCUCCAAAGCCUUGCCAAGGUUUGAACUAAAAACUACAGCUGUGGAUACUUUUGACACACAAGUAAGUACUUCCAGUAAGCCAUCAUCCACGUCACCACAACCGAACGAUGACAUCAUAUGGUGGGAAAGCCUGUUAGCUGAGCAUGCUCAAAUGGAUCAAGAAACUGACUUUUCGGCUUCUGGAGAGGUGCUUAUCGCAAGCCUCUGGACAGAAGAAACUGCAACACAGACAAAGGGACCCAUGGAUGGUAUGGUAGAACAAAUCCAGGGAGGUGAGGGUGAUUUUCCUUUUGAUGUGGGCUUCUGGGAUUUUCCCAACACAGAAGUAAAUCACUUGAUCUGAUUUAGACCAUUUCAAUCUUAAUGUUU